UUUAAAAUGUGUAUAUCAGCUACAUUUAAAAAUGGUCAACAACAGCUAACACACGUGUGCCUGGGUAACACACGUUUGUUUGUUUAUUUUUCUCCUAGAGUAUUUAACCAGGGGUUGAAUUUGCAUUACAAAACACACACACUCAGCUCCAUUUUUGGUUGCUGAACCAUACAAAUUUGUCGUCGUCACAGGGAGGAAGGACAAAUCUAGCGAUCAAGCUACAUCAUAAGGGCUCAAGUAGUAUGUGGAUGAUUGGGUGUUGAGUCUGCAUAGGAUGCACUGUUGUCAGGGAGAAGUGCAAGUCACCUUCACGCGGUUGGCCCACAAGCCCCUAUCUAACGCAGACGAUCACAGAACUACACCAACCACGGACGGCGGUCCCGAAACAAGGUCCAUAAUGUCUGGCCACUAAAUCAACGGUCCAGCCGGGAAGAUAGAGCACAGACCGUGUUUAUUGGCAUCGCUGGCGUGAAUGAGAAUUUGCCGAAUCGCUGAGUUGGAUGACAAAGCCGAUGAUGGUUUUAUCGCUCCACUAAAUUAGAUUUAAUGCGCCUCUGAAUGCAUUAACCCCGUCACUGGCGGGUGCUGAACGGGAUAUCUCGGCGUGUCCUAUUCGGACCGGAGCGCCUGUGAGGUUUCCCUGAACGCUUUGCAGCGUUUGCAGCCAUGGCUCUGGUGACUCUGCAGCGCUCCCCUACACCCAGCGCCGCAUCCUCAGCCAGCACCAACGCGGGGGAGGAUUUAGGCAGUGAUGAUGAUCGAAAGGCAAACCUAAGCCUGAGUGAAAGUUUCUUCAUGGUAAAAGGGGCAGCUCUGUUUUUACAGCAAGGCAGCAGUGCACAAGGGCCCAGAACACCCACCCAUCAUAAAAAUGCAGGUAAUCCACUACAAGAUAUUACUGGCUCAGAAUGGAAUGCAUCCAACUUGGAGGAGCUUCAAGACUCUGGGGUUGGGUAUAUCCUCAAUGUCACAAAAGAGAUUGACAACUUUUUCCCAGGUACCUUUUGUUAUUGUAAUGUCCGAGUUUAUGAUGAUGAGACUACAGAUCUGCUGGCACACUGGAACGAAACCUACAACUUCAUAGUUAAAGCCAAGAAAAACAACUCUAAAUGCCUUGUACAUUGCAAGAUGGGAGUGAGUCGCUCAGCAUCCACCGUCAUUGCUUAUGCUAUGAAGGAGUAUGGAUGGUCACUUGAGAAGGCUUACAGUUUUGUCAAACAGAAGAGGAAUAUAGCACAACCCAAUCCAGCUUUUAUGAAACAACUUGCUGAGUACGAGGGGAUUUUAGAUGCCAGCAAGCAGAGACACAACAAACUCUGGCAACCUGAUGGUGACGAGUAUUCGCUUGAGGGCCUCCAGGCUUCAGCUGCCAGUGGUGACCAGACUCCUCAAUUUUCGUCACUGCACCCCGAUCAAGAACAGACCGCUUGGGGCCAUGGUGGAGCAAGUGCUUCCCCCUGCUGUGGAGAAGAGCCGACAGACCAUCUCAAUUACAACUACUACUUCCGGCGACUAUCAGACACCGCUCUGGACAGUGAACCCUCCACGCCAGUUCGAGGUCCUCCACUUUUAGGCAUGGAACGAGUCUUUAUUGAGAUUGAGGAUGUAGAGAGGGAUGCAUUGUUGGAUGAUGAAGGUUUCCCCAUGGCUCACCUGGCCCUUCCCGGGGAGGGCACAGCAGCCCAGACCUGUGGCCGACUGGAGCCUAUAGAGGACAUGCGCUUGAGGCUGGAGUUUAGCACGGUGGAGGAGGAGGAUGAGGAGGAAGCACAAAAGGAGGAGGCGGAGAUGGCUGCCUUAGCUCGUGGCGAGGAGACGCCGAGGGAAGACGAGAGCCUGGCUAACUCGAACCGCUUUAACAACGAGAACGCCAACAACAGCAACAGGCUGGCUGGGAAACGCAGCUGCCCUUCUGGCUUUGACGACAGUGCUAGCAUUGGAAACCCCUACAAAGUGAAGCCCUCAUAUCAGUCGUGCCGAGACUGCCUGCGCCUGCCCAGUGGCCGCCGCUGCGAACGUCGCACCCAUCGCCUUAACCUGCCACGUCACACUGGCCUGCCCAGUUUGUCCAUCCAGGCCCCCAGAGGACACAAAUUCAGUCCCGUCUCUGCCAAUAAGGUGCCUCCUCCUGCCCCUCUGCAUCACAUGAGCAGCGGGCACUGCCAGUGCAUUCGUUGCUUCGGUCGAGCCAACUCGGACACUUACAACAAGCAACUGAGCUGCGAAGACCUUUCUCAGGAUUUGCGUCAUUCCUUGGAGACUGAGGACAAAAUGGAAGGGGAGGAUGAGGGGAGCAAGGAAUGCUCCAGUAGUCCUACAACAGAGCUCACUCUCCUGAGGCUCAGUCUGGGUGGUGAGAGGCCUACGGCGGAGCUCAGUCAGGGGGCCCCACUGGAGACGCAGCUGGUGCGCCAUAGACUGGAGCAACUGUCCGGUCCUCAGUCGGAACAGAUGGACUUGAGCAUAGAGGACACUGCCACAGAGGACAUGGAAGUGGAUGAUGGGAACGUCCCCAACUUGCACCCUGGUUCCAGUGAACUCCAGCAAACGCUCGCACUGGGCUCGGCCCUGACACGCAGCUCCAGCAGCGACAGUCUGCAGAGAAUUCGCAGAGGCCAGCCGAGCUUGGUACGCCAGCGAGCUCGAGAGAUCGAGACCCGUGUGCGGCUCACCGGAUUGACCAUGUCCUCCCAACUCAAAAGGUCUAAUUCGCUGGCCAAGCUAGGUGACUUGGCCAUCUCCACAGAGGACCUCAUGCUUUCCACCACAGUCUCCAUUGACUAAGACGACCAAGAGCCUGCUCUUUGCGUGCAAUCCUCUUCCUCCCCCAAGCUCUCUUUAACUCCAACUGUGUUGCAGAGUUUGAAAAGCUGACUCCAAGAUGUCAGAACUGCUUUCUCAGUGAAUGGGACCGAUCCAGUCCUACAGCCAUCGAGAGCAACCAUGGAGGCCGAUGCUACAAGACACCUCAUGAGAACAAUCAGACCAGGCUUGGACAUCCUUCCAGCAGCCCUUUACAUAACUGCACUGCAUUCUUCAUGUGUCUGUCUGUGCUUUAACUAAGAUAUAUAUAUAUAUAUAUAU